AUGUUCCUGAAGUCGGGGCGACGCUACGAAACAGAAGAGCUCUCCAAGGUUCUUUCUGACUUCAUUCAAAGUAUGCCUAGACAUGGCGGCGGCUGGAAGUGGAUAUCAUACCUUUGUGCCGAGAAUGAACAAGCGCUGGCUCAGGCAACGGAUAGAGAAGGCCCCCCUGAAGGUUGGGCUUUUUUGAAAGCCGAUCCUGGCAGAAUAGUGACCUAUCCGAAUUUUCGUCGCUUUCUAGACGGAGGCACUUAUGGCACUAAUCAUACAGGAACAUCAUCGGACUGUUUCUCCAAGCUGUCUACUGAGUUAAAUCAUUGUAUGAUUGGUUUUCUUGAUACCGCGUCUUUUUGCAACCUGAGGCUUUCAUCAACAACCAUUGCGAAUCUAACCAAGCCUACCGACUUACCUCAGACAUUCUGGGCUAGCCGUUUCUCUCGCGAUCACGAAAUGAAUUUCUUUCCAGUGGAUCACAAUAGAACAGAGACAUGGCGGGAUCUGUACUUCGACCUGAAGCAUUCUCUGCAUGACAACUCUUCAACAGGACACAUGCGCCAUCGGCAACAGAUCUGGAACGGCUUAGAAAAUAUCACCCACUGUAUGAUCUCUAUGCUUCGCCAGCGGCCGCGCUUGGAGAAGACAGCUCGUUGUAGACAGAAACUGGUUUCCUUGGGAUAUGAGAUGACCCAGAAGACACAGGGACUUAAAGGGGUGCCAUGUUCGAGCCCUUCAAAGGGUGUUCAAGUCAGAGGCUCGCGGUAUCUGAACCUGCGACUUGGCGGCUUGGGUAAUGAGGAGGUGAGAAUCUCGGUGUCCAGAGUGUAUCUCGAUAAGAGGGAUUACAUAUGCGGAUUUCGGGCAAGAAAACUAGACGGAGCUGAGAACUUUCGUAUUGGCUUGAUUCAGCCUGACGCGGAAACACAUUUCAGCCUCAGAUCAUCGGAUCAAGUCAUAGCUGUUCAUGUGGCGAGUACCUUUGGUGGUUUAGUUGGUCUUGCUUUUCGGAUCAAGGAUGAGCUUGGUGGGGUAUCGUGGAAGCUCAUGGGUAAAAUUGACAAACCUGACGAUUGUGUUGGCAUCAAAAUGCUAAAGCCGCAAAAUGGCCCCUACAUAAGUGGACUGCUACUUGGGCUUGACGCUUGUAAGGUCGUUUCUGUCCAGCUGGUCGAGAAGCUAGGCGACGUCCCUACCGUCCACACGCCAAUAACUUCCGAACAACUUGUAUGGAACCCUGCAGCUCCUCAACCCGACGUGGCGACUGUACAACCUCCCACCGUCGAUGCAGCCUCAUCACAGCCAGCCUUCAUCUUGAACAUGGACUUUGGCGGCCCAAGUGGUUCACUUCUUCCACUCCUGAACCGGAUUGCCGUAUUUGUUGAUAGUAGCGUUACUUUCAGUAUCAGAGGCCUAGGCUUCUACUACACUGACGGAACAGAACGGGAGUUUGGCAUUCGCGAAAUCUGCAAUGAUUCAAGAGAACGAUUCGUGGCCAUUGAACAGUCUCUGUCUAUCAAUGGACCGGCCGGUGAGAGAAUUACUGGUGUUGGGUUCCAAACCGUUCGUUUUCACCGGGAGCAUGCUGUGCUUUUUGCAUACUCCCUCAUGAUAACUACCAGCUUUGGACGACGUUUGAAGGCGACUAAUAAGGGUAUGCCCUGGGAACAUCCUGAAGAUGGCUCGUCUGAGUGGCAUGACCUUGUUUCACCUUACGGAAAGACUAUAACUGGGUUUCUGGCACAUGCUUAUAUGAGUACAUCGUUGUGCACCGUAGAAUCCUUCGGAUUGGCACAUCUCGAUGGUGACUCGUUUCGGCUUGAUUCGCCUCCAACUACGUUCAACUACGGCCAAGAGGAAGCUCGGACGCGGAUAGAUCCUUACUCUGAUUGGUCGAUGGACCGAUUCCCAUCGUCAACUGUACGCCUCAACGGCGUCAAGCGCGUAGGGAUCUCUCGCGGAAGAACAGGGCGUAACCGACUGCCACAUCACGUGUCUGGUUUCUGCUUCGAAUUCUGGGACGGGAGAUCGCCGGUCUAUAUUGGGCAGUGGUUCCACGAGAUUGACCAUCUUGACCUUGAUGAAGGUGAUAGGAUAACGGGUCUCACUUUCUGGGAGGAAGUAGAGAUUGAGGAUGAUGGUUCCACCAACCAUUUUGGAAAUAAAAGGUUCACUGGAGUCCGGAUUGAAAAGUCUGGUGCUGAACCAAACGCUGUUGAAGUACACCCUGGGUUACAUGGCGAUAUGAUCGAAGCACGUCAUGUGGAGAAUCACUUUGAGAGAUUAGAUGGCUUUGUCUGGUCGCUGUACCUUAACGGUGACAGUUUUGAGGCUAGGACGAAACCUACAGAGUUGGCUCAAGGUGAUCUGUGCAGAGAGUUUAAUGAACAUCAAAUAAUAUCCGCAGAUUGCAACAGGCUCUUCUGGAGAUUACAAGAUAAAGAAGGAAGCUGGACGAGUGUUUCUCAGAUAACAGCCUUCUUCAAUCCUCUAUACCAACGGCUCUGCGGUAUGGAGUUUAUGUACAGAGAUGGCCAGCUGAAGCGCGCUGGCUAUACCAAGGGAGCCAAAGCAACCCUUACCCUUGAUCGAGAUGAAGAGGUUACAAGUGCAACUUGGAGACCUAGGAGAGAAUACGGUAGUGACGAGCUUUCUGUGGACGAGGAGGAGCAUGUCUUGGAUAGUAAGAACCAAUGUCAGGUUUGCAAGAGCUUUUGGCAUAGGUGUGAAGCGCGGGAGAGAAGAAUGCCCCAGGGCGUGAUGGAGUGUGUCGGGGUGUUUCUGGAAAUCCAAAGAGAUUUUAAACCCAAGGCCGUUUGUCACGUCUUUGGGCUGGCUUAUGUGAAGAUAUCAGAUGAGUUGAGGACCUCAUGGAAUGGUCAAGACGCUGUGUAA